AUGAAUGCGUCCACUACAUAUCCACGAAUAGACUAUUUUGUGGCUGAUUCAUUUAGAAACUUUGUCGAAUCUAUUAGAAAGAAGAGUAAGGCAGAUGAUAAUAUGGAUCUAGCGAAAUCUACAGAUCAUUUACAAUUCCAAGUAAAACUUAUUCAAGGAUUAUUAGCAACAGAGGACGCAAUAAAAGAAUUUGUCGCUAGAAAUAAAGAAAUUGCGUUAAUUACGCCACCAAUUGAUUAUGAUAUCGAAGAAACUUGGAAUCCUGAGUUUGUUGCCAAAAUUUUGCCUCCAACCACUCAAAAUCCCAAGAAAAGCGACAUAAUAGACAUCAUACAGCUAUAUUUACUAUGCCAACAGCCAGAAAAAUCAUCUCGAAUUAUCCAACUCAUAACACUUGUUUAUCCGGACAUAAAAAACAGCAAGUUGGGACUAUACCUGAACAUUGGAGCACUCUACAACCCUGAUUUACCAUAUGAUCAGUUUCAAACCAUUUUUACUCUCUGCAAAUUCUAUAUUGACGAGCUCUACCAGUCCCUCAAGACCAACAAUGAAUUCCCAGUACUCGUAAUUACGUCCAGCAUCAUGACAUUUCUCGCAAAUUCCGCAUUCAAGCGAAAACCAGAAGAAGGCUCCAUGUUUCUCUCCGAUAUCGUCAAGUUGUCAUGUCUUAACCCAUUAUUAUUCAAUUUUUUGAACUUCGACAUGAGCAAAAUCGUAAAUGAGAACGAUUUACCGCCAUUUUCGCUUUUGGCCUACUCAUACUCCGGUUUCGACAUCACUUUUCUCGGAAAUUAUCGUCGAAUUUUCUUGGAUACGUUUGAUUUACUUUUAUUACUUUAUGUCUACAUGAAUACACAAGAUCUGGACACGAUGUUCGCUGAAGCAUACGCUCUGUACAACAAAGUCACUAGCUGUGGCACGUGGCAGGACGCUUUUGCCAUUCUUUUCAGACAUUUUCUGAAAUCUUCGGAAUUCAUGUACCAUUUUCAAUACGGAACGCGCUACUACACUCUAAACCAGAAUGUGGCUGGUCUUAGACAGCUUGCAGACACAAUGAUCGUUUGCGGACUGUAUUUAUCUGGAUCUUUGGCAACAAUUGAGUGUAUCAACGAAAACAGGAAGGAAAUAUUCACAAUAGUUGAUACUAUGAUCAAGACAUACAUGGAUUCCUCGUUUAGAAGGCUUUGUUACAAAUUUUUAAAUUCAUUAGUUGGAAAUAUCGAUAAAAAUCAAUCUUUAGUAGAAGCAGCAUAUACAUUAUGCAUAAGGUUCAACAAUAACCUAAUAGAUCGUUGGGUUCCUACAGUUUUAUCAAAAUUUUCCAGAAUUUUAUGGGACGCGUCAGCUGUUGAGCCAUUUUUCGAGUUCUCCAUGUCCAUCAUGCAGUUCUGGGACCAUUCCUUCAUAAUGACAACAGCUUGUCUCGACAUUUUGUCUUUGAGUUGCCAAUUUGAGCGGUACUGCAACUACAUGAGCUACCACUCGCAUAAGAUAUGGAUGAGGAACAUUAGAUUGGCCGCUCUUGACUGUAUCAACCUGAAAACAGCCUUAAUUUACUUCAGAUCUCCCACAUCUUUCAUGCCGAGGACAUUUAUAGGCUUCCUGACCUACUUCACCGACUAUCUGACCAAAUUCCCCGACAGAUCCACCGCCCUGAUCAAUUCCGACAGCAAAUUGAUCAUAGACAUCGUGGGAAAGGCCAUGAAGUCAGAAUUGCCGAUUAUUCCGGUUUUGAUGGCCCGACUUUUGGACAAAUCGAUAAAUACGAACAUUGUGUCGAAACAAGGCGAAAUCUUCGAGUACAUCAAGAGCCUUCGCAAGCAGAAGAAGUACAGGGACCUCUGCAAGCUGUGCGCAACAUUUGCUUCCGCUCCUUUGUUCAUGGCGAAAUGCGAAAAUUUGGUUUCGAAUUUGAUCACUUUUCUGAUAGAUUUGGUUGAGAACGACAACAACAUGCCUGGAUAUUACAGAUAUUCACGCGCGUUGAUUUAUACAGCGAGAUUUCUCAUAAUUUCGAAAGAUUUGUACAGAAAGAAACUUAUUAAGUAUAUUGUUGGUGCUUCUACUAGUAUCAACAGUAAGUUUGCGAUUGAGGCCAUUGGAUCCAUUGUCUGCAAGAACAUUGACGUUCCUCUGAGUGUUGCAGAGAAAAUUCCGCCAGGAAACGAAAGAAAGGCAAUUAGAAAGAUAAUUAAGUGCGGAAAGAACGACAAACAGAACGAGGGACUGAUAGCAGCACUGAAGGCAAACUUCAACUUCAACUGGAGUGAUAUUUCUUCUUCUCAGAACUGGGUGUCUGAAAUGAGUUGUCAUGCAAUUGUUUAG